AUGGCGGAUUCUAACCCUGUCAAGGAGGUCGAGACCUCAAUUGCCAACCUUUUGCUCGAUGAUGUCACCGGCGAGAAGGUGUCCAAGUCCGAAUUGAAGAGACGCCAGAAGUUGCGCGAGAAGGAGGCCAAGAAGAAGGAGAAGGAAGCUGCUGCUCCUCCCAAGCCUAAGACUGAGAAGAAGGCAUCCGAGGAGGAUGAGGAGGCUAACCUUACUCCUAACCAAUAUUUCGAGAUCCGCAGCAAGAAGAUCAACAAGCUGCGCGAGACCAAGAACCCUGACCCUUACCCCCACAAAUUUCAGGUCACCACUGAUCUGCGCAACUUCUUGAAGGAGUAUGAGGGUCUCGAGAAGGGAGAACAGAAGCCCGAUGUCCCUAUUCGCCUUGCCGGUCGUAUCUUCACCAAGCGUACCUCCGGCGCCAAGCUCAACUUUUAUGACAUCCGUGCCGAGGGUGUGAAGGUUCAGAUUCUGUGCCAGGCUCAAUUUGCUACUGGCAGCGUUCCCUUUGAGGCACAGCAUGAGCACCUCCGCCGAGGUGAUAUUAUCGGUAUUGUCGGUUUCCCCGGUCGUACUGCCCCCAAGAACCGUGCCGAUGGUGAGCUGUCUAUCUUUGCCACUGAGGUUGUCCUCUUGUCGCCGUGCUUGCACGCUAUUCCCUCCGAGCACUACGGUUUCCAGGACAAGGAGCAGCGUUUCCGCCAGCGCUACCUGGAUCUGAUCAUGAACGACCGCUCUCGCAAUAUUUUCCGUACCCGUGCCAAGAUCGUUUCUUACAUCCGCAACUACUUCGAUAGCCGCGACUUCACUGAAGUCGAGACCCCUAUGAUGAACGCCAUUGCCGGUGGAGCUACUGCUAAGCCCUUUGUUACCCACCACAACGAUCUCGAUAUGAACCUGUUCAUGCGUGUUGCUCCUGAAUUGUACCUGAAGAUGCUUAUUGUUGGUGGUCUUGAGCGUGUGUACGAGAUCGGUCGUCAGUUCCGUAACGAAGGUAUCGAUCUGACCCACAACCCCGAGUUCACCACCUGCGAGUUUUACCAAGCAUAUGCCGAUAUGUACGAUCUUAUGGACCUUACCGAAGACUUGGUUUCGAACCUUGUCAAGACUGUCACUGGUGGAUAUGAAACUACUUUCCACACCCAGGACGGUGAGGUGUACAACAUCAACUGGAAGGCCCCCUGGAGGCGAGUAGAGAUGAUCCCUGCCCUAGAGGAGGCCUGCGGAGAGAAGUUCCCUCCGGGUGACCAGCUCCACACCAAGGAGACGAACGAUUUCCUCAAGCGCAUCCUGAAGAAGAAGAAUGUGGAAUGCUCAGCUCCUCAGACUAACGCUCGCAUGUUGGACAAACUGGUCGGUGAAUUUAUCGAGGAGACUUGUGUCAACCCCACCUUCAUUACAGGCCACCCGCAAAUGAUGUCUCCCCUGGCCAAAUACCACCGUCAAAACGCCGGUCUGUGCGAGCGUUUCGAGGCCUUCGCUGCUAAGAAGGAGAUCAUCAACGCCUACACUGAGUUGAACGAUCCCUUUGACCAACGCUUGCGUUUCGAGGAGCAGGCCAACCAGAAGGAUCAGGGUGAUGACGAGGCUCAACUCAUCGAUGAAACCUUCUGCACUUCUCUGGAGUACGGUCUUCCUCCCACUGGUGGUUGGGGUAUGGGUAUUGACCGUUUGGUCAUGUUCCUUACCGACAACUACAGUAUCAAGGAGGUCCUGACCUUCCCCAUGAUGAAGGAGGACAAGUCUGCAGCAGAGCCCAAGUCUGCUGCUGAAGUUGUCGGCGUUGAUGUCCAGCCCGAGGAGGGAAUUCCCCACAAAUGA